GUGAGCUGGAAUGGAAAGUUUAGCUCCUGGAUCCUGGGAGUGGACUUGUUUUCCCGGUGAUGCUGUCUUCUUGUCCCGUCUGAGCCGUGCGCCUUUACGCAUUUGGAGAACUUCUCUGAAGUUCAGCACGCAGUAGAUCACAGUUUUUCCAAAUAUGACUGAGGAGAAUAAACCAUUGACGGAGCAUCCGUGCAGCCCGGCGGGGAGCGACGUGUCCACGUCCCGAUCGGAUUCCGACCCCCCGACCUCUCCUGCGGGGUCCGAGGCGCACGAGGCGCCGCGUAUCUUUACGCGCGGGGCGGAGAGCUUUCAGGAGGACGAGCGUUUCCCCGCGUGCAUCCGGGACGCGGUGUCGCAGGUGCUGAAAGGCUACGACUGGUCCCUGCUGCCGGUGCCGGGUCACGGGGAGCGGGGCCAGAAGAGCAAACCGCACGUGAAGCGGCCCAUGAACGCGUUUAUGGUUUGGGCGCAGGCGGCGCGCAGGAAGCUGGCGGACCAGUAUCCCCACCUGCACAACGCGGAGCUGAGCAAGACCCUGGGCAAGCUGUGGAGACUUCUCUCUGAAACCGAGAAGCGUCCCUUCGUGGAGGAGGCCGAGAGGCUGCGGAUGCAGCACAAGAGGGACUAUCCGGACUACAAGUACCAGCCGCGAAGACGCAAGAACGCCAAGCCGAGCCUGCUGGACUGCCGACCUCUGCCGGUCCCUCAGCAUCAGCCUCAGCACCGGCAGGGCCUGUGUAAGACAGAACCAGGGGAGAUGCAACACCACUUCCAUCCAGACCGCACAGGUCAGUCCCACGGACCGCCGACGCCUCCCACCACUCCUAAAUCCGACCUGCCCAUCGGCAGCAUGAAGCACGAGGACCGCCGGCCUUCUGACGCCAUCUCCUGUUCCGCUCCUCCUUUCCCCGCCAGUCGUCACAUCGACUUCAGCAACGUGGACAUCUCGGAGCUCAGCACCGACGUCAUCGGCGCCAUCGACGGCUUUGACGUCCACGAGCUGGACCAGUACCUGCCCCCAAACGGCCACGGCUCCGCAGCCCCCACCCCUCCGGACACCAGCAGCCGUUCUGGAUCGUUCGCCCCACCCGGCGCUCACGGGAUCUUAAGCUGGAACCCAAAAACCUCCAUUGGGAUGCCUGUCGGAGCGUCGCCGUCAUCUUCCAGUCGCGACGCCGAUGGAGGCUUCAGCCCAAAAUCUCAUAUUAAAACUGAACAGAUGAGCCCGGGCCACUGCGCCUCCUCUUCUACCCCUCCCCCACCAUCGCACCAAACCCAGUGUCCCGCCCAAUGCUCAGGAACGUCCUCCUCCUCCUCCUCCUCCGCCCCUCAGUCAGAGCACACUGACCUUCAGAGCUCGGGCAUCUUCGGCGCCUUCUCCGGUUACCCAGCCAGCCUGUAUCAGUACCCGUACUUCCACUCUUCCCGUAGGUCCUACGCCGCGCCGCUUAUCAACAGCCUGGCCUUGGCGCCGCCUCCGCACAGCCCUCCCUCCAGCUGGGAGCAGCCGGUCUACACCACUCUCACAAGGCCUUGA